UUCAGAGAGAGAGAGAGAUAGCAAUUUUCUUCUGUAGUGUUACUUUCUGAGAGAGUCUGGAGAGAUCGGUGUUGAGAUUUGGGUAAAUGGAAACGAGGGAGAGAGAUCUAGAACGAUUGAUCCCGAUGCAUAAAUCCGGAGCUUCUCCUCGCGACGUCGUUUUGUCUGUUCCGCCGUCUCCUCUCGCUUCUCCGAUCCACGUCGCCGGCAAAGAGGCGAUUUACAAAGUCAUUAGAAGCUGGGCCUCCAAAAAGUUCAUGACCGGAUGUGUCAUUCUGCUACCAAUCGCUGUCACAUUCUACUUCACGUGGUGGUUUAUACAUUUCGUUGAUGGAUUCUUCUCCCCGAUCUAUACUCAUCUCGGAAUCAAUAUGUUCGGUCUUGGCUUUGUAACAUCCAUCACAUUCAUAUUUAUGGUUGGUGUGUUCAUGUCUUCAUGGCUUGGAGCUUCAGUUCUCAGUAUCGGAGAAUGGUUUAUCAAGAAGAUGCCUCUCGUAAGCUACAUCUACUCAGCUUCUAAACAAAUUAGUGGAGCAAUCUCACCAGAUCAAAGCUCAGGUGCAUUCAAGGAGGUAGCAAUUAUCAGACAUCCUCAUAUGGGAGAAUACGCUUUUGGUUUCAUUACAUCGACUGUGAUUCUUCGAGGCCGUGCUGGUGGAGAAGAACUAUGUUGUGUCUAUGUUCCCACCAACCAUCUUUACCUUGGAGACAUUUUCCUCAUUAGCUCAAAGGACAUCAUAAGACCUAAUCUCUCAGUCCGGGAAGGCAUAGAAAUCGUCAUCUCGGGUGGUAUGUCGAUUCCACAUAUGCUAACAACUCUGGACUCAGAGACUAUUCACAGAAUGUUGGAAAGUUUUGGAAUUUUAGAGUUUGGAGAUGUUUGUCUAAGUCUAGUUUUAGCUUGGACAUAGACAAAAUACAUAAAAGAUGUUCUCUUUUUUUUUUUUUUUUUUUUUUGUGUUUUAAAAAAAGAAGCAGUCAGCU